AUGGCGACUGAUCAAGGUCCGACAGGAAAUACAGAGCGUGAGGGUAAGGAACAAACAUUCUUCAAUAUGAUCGACGCGAUCGGAGACCUCGUACUCCGCGAGGCGCGCAUCUUCGAGUACUAUAUGGAAAGACUGGCUGAGCUUGUUGAGGGACGAAAUAUGGAUGGAGUAUUUCAGCGCGAUGGAUGCAUUACCUUGCUUAAGCAGAUCAUUGUACAAGCCAUAGGCCAGCGGGACCAGAUGGAUGAAUUCGUUCGGAGCAUUGACGAUGAUAUCAACACACGCCAUGGGCGCAUGGUGGUCCACAGGGCACAUGGACACAUUGGCAAUGCAUUGGUUCAUGUGGAUCGCGCCGGUACUCUGUUGGUAACCCUAAAAUCGCUUGGCAGCUCAGACAAUUUCCCCGGAUCCUUGGGCGACUUUGAGCAUAAGGUUACUAGAUCUGCCACUCCGCUUCAGGCUAUGAGCACACCUCUGAAUUCCAGGAAUUUGAGCCUGCUGAAGAAGAACUUGGUUAUGUGUCACUUUGGUCUGCUUGAAAGUUGGCAAAAUGCAGACGAGAUAGGAGAAGAAUUAGAAUACACGAGGGAGGAGAAGGAAGACUUGCAGGAUCAAGUUCACAGUUUGAGGUUGCGUUGCUUUUUAUUGGAGACUCUGGUAGACAACCUGAAGAUGGAGAUGAAGCAGGAGGCUGAAUAA